ACAGCUGAUGUGACAUUUGCUAACCACAACAAAUCCCUCCCUCCCGAUUUGGGGGAAAUUGUUUGCAUUUUCUCGCUGCAAUAGCUAUCGCCAGCCCGUGUUCGUCAUGGCGUCAGUGAAGGUGGAAAAUAGCUCCAGGAUCGUUGCCAACUCUCCACGGGAUCAUCCACGGUGCGAUGUGUGUCUGCGCUGGGAAAGUGUUUGCUUCGGCAGAUCGGAUCCCAUCUUCACCGGGAAAGAUGUGUUGGCCAUGGUAACACAGUAUCUCGACAUGAACAUCACCCUAACACUCGUCUGCGAACGCUGCUGGAGUAGAUUGAAGGAGUUCGAUGAGUUCUACCGGAUGGUCAGCGAGCAGCACACUAGCAAAGCGGAUCUGCGGCCCCCAGACCGGAAGGAAGCUGACCCGGUCGAACAGCGCGUGGAGGGAGUCGUUUAUGGAAUGGAAUUUGUCGACAUAAAGUACGAACCACUGGGUGAAGAUGCGAAUGUAACGAUAAAAGAGGAAGAGGAGGAGGAGGAAGCGGAGGAGCAUGAGAGAGAACCACUUCCGGACAGUGACGACUGUGACAAACUGUUGCCCAGCCAGUCGAUGGAGUUGGAGGAUGAGGAACCUCUGGCGGAUGACGAUACGAACUCGUUGUCUUCCGACGAUAGUGACGAUUCCUCGGUGCCGGAUCGGGUGAAGCGCGGCGGCAAAGCAUCGGCCAUAGGCAAGAAAGAGCCCAAGGUGGAUAAGGAGAUACUGGAGUUUUACCAGCGGCUGGUGUGCGAGAUUUGUGAUGCGGAGCGGAUGCUGGCCGGCGAACCGUCGAUCGAGUACAGCAAUCUGAGGGAGCUGAACAAGCACAUGCGAAAGGUGCACGAGCAGGUCGGCGCUACGCGCAUCAAGUGUCCGAUGUGCGACAAAAAGUUCCGCUAUCGGGCGAAGCUGCUCGAGCAUCGGGACAUGCAUCAGAACCCGGACCGGUUCCGGUGCGUGGUGUGCGAGGAGGUGCACCAGAACAUGGCGGAGCACAUGAAGAACAAGCACCAGGAGCGCACUUACUGCUGCGAGGAGUGUGGCAAGCGGUUCCCGUUCAAGGCUCGGCUUACGGCGCACGUGAAGAAAAUGCACACCUCGAAGGAUGUCGUCUGUGACCAGUGUCAGAAAAGCUUCAGCAGAUACACGAUCGAGGACCACAAGCGGGCAGUUCACGAAUCGCGCUACAUCUGCGAACACUGUCCGCGCACGUUCAAGUCGCGUCUUGCCCUCACGCAACACAUGGAGGAACACGUGGAGGGAUUGCGGAAGACGGUUUCCGCCACCUGCGAAAAGUGUGGCGUAGUGCUGCGGGACAAGUACACGCUGCAGACGCACAUCAAGCGCAUGCACACGGAACAUCCGCCCGCCAGCUGCGGCACAUGCGGGAAGGUGUUCAAGUCGAAGCACAAUCUCAACGCGCACCUGGCCAACGUGUGCACGGAGCGUUCGUUCCCGUGCCCGAUCUGUGCGAAGCAGUUUAAGAAGAAGAUUAAACUGACCGAACACAUGACGACGCACACGAAGAGUGUGCUGUACCAGUGUCCGUACUGUCCGAAGACGUUCAGCUUCGAGACGCAGCUGUACACGCACCGGAAGCAGGCGCACUACGAGCAGUGGCUGGAGAUGCAGCGGAAGCGCAAGGAGGGUGUACGGUUUAAGGUUAACCGCAUCACGGAUAUGCCCUCUACCUGAACCGAAUGCGCGCGUAUAUGUGUGCGUUUUUAUGCUAGGAGUAGUAAUACAGUAAAAUAAUAAAUCGCUUACGUAGGAAUGUGCU